GCCACUCCAACUGCACGCCCUGCACGCCUUGUGGCGUCGCGAUGCCGGAAACCACUGGAGUCCCAGCCGGGCCAUUGCCACGUUGCGGGACGCUGCCGUGGGUCGCACCGGUCGCUUGCGUUGGCUGCGGGCGCCGGCGGAGACACGGCGGCCCGUGAGCACCGAGUCCAAAGGGACGGAGGAAAAGUCGCAGAAGCCGACUGUCAGGCGGUUGAUGGCUCUGCUUUGGCCAGACCGAGCACUUCUCUCA